AGAGAGUUAGAUAGAGGAAAUGCUGCCUGAAAUAACAAAGAAAAUUACUUACUAUACUUAAACCCAGAGAGUCAACUGGUGCGGUCAUCAUACCUCCUUUGGGAUACUAUCAACAGCUUGGUACAAGUUCUACUAUUCUAUCUACAAAUCUUCUAACUUCCAAGCUUAGUUAUCUGUAGAUACUUAUCUCACACUUUCAGUGCUGUUAAGACCAUGGCAUCCCUAGGAUGGGUCGUGGUGGUUCUAGUGGGCUUUUGGAGCCAGCUAAGCCCAGGUCAGGGAGCUAAUAACGGGCCUGGCAGAUACCGCUACCAGCGCAGGAACUGCUACACCUGCUUCUAUGGAUACAAUGGCUACAACACGGGGCACAUGAAAGGUGCAGAUGUUGACGAGUGUCAAGUCCACAAUGGAGGCUGCCACCACCGAUGCGUCAACACCAGAAGCUCGUUCUACUGCGAAUGCAACCCAGGCACCCGCCUGCACACAGAUGGCCGGACAUGCAUUGCCGUCCACUCCUGUGCUGUCAGAAAUGGAGGCUGUGAGCAGGACUGUGUGCAGCUGUCCCCGGAUCACUACCAGUGUCGCUGCAGACCCAACUAUCAUCUUGCAGAGGACAGCAAACACUGCAAGUUGAGAAACCCGUGUGCAGACAGAAAUGGAGGCUGUGUGCACACCUGUAGAAAUGAAGGAGGACGAUCUCAGUGUGACUGUCGUCCUGGAUAUACACUGGCACAGGAUGGCAAAAACUGUGAAGACAUCGAUGAGUGUGAGACAGGCCAAACUGCCUGUGCCCACGGUUGCCAUAACACCCAGGGUUCCUUUACCUGUGUCUGUAACCCAGCAUACAAGUUGGGUGCCAAUGGCAGGAAAUGCUAUCGUAUCGAGAUGGAGAUUGUGAACGGUUGUGAGACUGCCAACGGAGGCUGUUCCCAAAAGUGCCAACACUCCGCCCUCGGACCUGUCUGCAGCUGUAACCAUGGUUACCAUCUGGACGAUGACCUCAAGACAUGUGUGGACUUGGACGAGUGCGAGACGGGAAGCUCGUGUUGCGAGCAGGACUGUACGAACUAUCCCGGGGGUUACGAAUGCUACUGCGGGGCUGGCUACCGUCUCAACUCGGAUGGGUGUGGCUGUGAUGAUGUGGAUGAGUGUCUGGUAGACAACGGAGGCUGUGACCAUACCUGCCAGAACACAGCCGGCUCCUUCCAGUGCUACUGUCGCCUCGGACACCGGCUAAACGAGAACCGUCUCUCCUGUAUUCCCCUGGAGCGGGCAGUAGAGCUGUUGGAGUGGAGCGGCCGCAUCGCGGUGAAGCUCCCUCCACCCCAGUUCACCCUGCUGAAUGACAACUUCCAGCCGCUGGAGCGCUAUGACGACUAUGAGGAGGACGGCCUGGGAGAGCUCCGGGCCCAGAGCACUCUCACCAAGACCUUUGUGUGUCUAAACGAAACGUUUGGCCAUGACUGCAGCCUGACGUGUGACGACUGCUCCAACGGUGGUGUGUGUGACCUGGAGGAGGGACGUUGUGACUGUCCUGAUGGGUGGACAGGCCUUGUCUGCAACCAGACUUGUCUAGAGGGCACAUUUGGCAGGAACUGCCUCUUCAGCUGUAAGUGUAAGAAUGGUGCCACCUGUGACCCUGUGAGCGGGCACUGUCGCUGCCCACCUGGAGUCAGUGGGGAUCUGUGCCAGGAUGGCUGUCCUAGCGGCCUGUAUGGGAAACUUUGCAAUAAGAAGUGUAACUGUGCCAAAAACGGGCACUGCCAUCGGACCUACGGAGCCUGCCUGUGUGACCCUGGGCUCUAUGGGCGUUUCUGUCACCUACCGUGUCCUAAGUGGGCAUACGGCCCUGGCUGCUCGGAGGAGUGCCAGUGUUUCCAACAGAACACCCUGGAGUGCCACCGCCGCCAUGGCUCCUGUGUCUGCAAACCAGGCUACCAGGGCAAGAACUGCCAGGAGGAAUGUGACAGAGGAUACUAUGGCCUUGCCUGCAAGAGGACAUGUGGGUGUCCAUCAGGGGUACCCUGUGAUCGUGUGACAGGGGAAUGUCUGCGCCAGUGCCCACCUGGUUUCCAUGGGGACAACUGUGACCUAGACUGCCUGAAGGGGCGCUACGGGGCUGGAUGUAACCAAUCGUGCCACUGCUCUGGCGCUCCAUGUGACAAGGUGACAGGACGAUGCCACUGUCUUGACGGUGUGACUGGACAGCACUGUGAGACUGAGUGUGAGGAGGGUCGAUGGGGUGUGGGCUGCUCAGGCUCCUGUCCUGACUGUCAGAACGGGGGAGUGUGUGACAAACACAAUGGAACGUGCCGUUGCCAACCUGGAUACAUGGGCACCCUUUGUCAGAGUGUCUGCCCGUUGGGUAGAUUUGGCCUGGGUUGCCAGCUACGCUGUCGGUGCGAUAACGGUGGGCGCUGCCACCCGUUGACGGGCCGCUGUGCCUGUCCUGAAGGAUGGACUGGACCCAGCUGCAGUAGAGUGUGUGACGCCGGGCGCUGGGGGGUGGACUGUGCCAACGUGUGUGAGUGCCCGGACAACGAUGGCAGCUGCGACCUCAUCACGGGACAGUGUCGCUGUGAGGCGGGCUACACAGGACCACGCUGCCAACAGAGUACAAACAUACAGGGCUGA